AUGGCCCGCCGAGCAGCCGGUCUGAGCUCGCUACAGCGCCACCUCGACUCGGCGGACCACUACACCACGCUCGGCACCUCCUUAGCCGCACAACAAGCCUCGACGCUCUCCUCGCAACUCUCGACCUUCCAAUCCGCCCUCUCACGCUUCUCCUCCCACCACCGCGCCAAGAUCCUCUCGAACCCCGAAUUCCGGACACACUUCUCCGCUCUCUGCGCCGAACUGGGUGUAGACCCGCUCGGAGGCGGAUCGAAGGGCCUGUGGGAUAAGAUGGGCUUGACGGAUUGGUAUUAUGCGCUCGGGGUGCAGGUCGUGGAUGUUUGUCUCAGGGCGAGGGAGAGGGGAGGAGGGCUCGUUGCGCUCGAUGAGGUGAUCAGGGAGGUGCAGAAGUUGAGGAGCGGGAAGCAUGUCAAGACGGUUGGAGCGCCCAAGGCGGCCGGUCCUACGCCUCUCGAAGCGACGCCGACGACUACCUCGUCGGAGAUCACAGAAGCCGACGUCCAGCGCGCGAUCGAGGCGCUCGAACCGCUCGGAUGCGGCUACACCAUCCUCACCGUCGGGUCGAAGAAGGUCGUGCGGUGUUCUCCAGGCCAGCUGGACCGCGACUCGCUCGUGGCUGUUGAAGCUGCGGGGAGUACGAGACGCGGAGCAGUGACGGCGGAGGAGUUGCGCGAGUAUACGGGGAGGGAAGGCGCGGCGUGGGAUGUCGAGAGGGUCGAGAGGGCGCUCGAGAAGGCGGUGAUGGAUGAUGGGAUGCUCUGGGUCGACGAGCAGGCUGGGGAUGCGGUCUAUGUCCAACGAGACUACUACGCUCCUGGCCUGUUCGUCAUGGAGUAG